AUGCCGCACCUUCUUUUCAAAGGUCUCAUUGAUGGGGGCCUGAUCAAGGAUCUGUCCGGCGAUAUGGACUGGCUUGAUUUCUGGGACAGGGCGAGCCACGAGGAGUGGGGCAGGGGACACCCUGUCCUUGACUGGUCACCGGAGGACCGAGCCCGGGCAAUUGCCAUCAGCCUGCACGGCGACGAAGGCCAAGGAAAGCGAGGCAAGUCCACGAUGGUACUGAGUUGGUCGCCGCUGGCUGUUCAUCGCCCUGCUCUCUUGAACAAGUACCCGUUUUGUGUCAUCCAAGCUGACCACUUUCACUACGAGGGCACAAAGAACGUGACGCUGGGUGGCCUGCAGAAAUGCCUGGCUGACUCUUUGAACAUGUGCAAUCAGCCUGGUAACACAACCCUGCAGGGCUACUCCCUCCACCUUACGGUUGGAAAGGGAGACUGGAAGUUUCGGCGGGAGUGGUUGCAGAUGCCGCGAAGCUAUCUCAAUGCCGACCUCAUUUGCCCCAGGUGCUUCGCUUCCGGGACCCCGGGGUCGCAGAAACCGUGGCUGGAUCCAGUUCGAGAACGGUACAACAACACGGCAGAUCUCCUCCUCGCACAGGACAGCAGAGUGGGGCCGGACAUCGCCCUUCACUCGGUGAAGGGCUGGAGCCCUCUUGGCGAGAUGGCAGAUCUGCUGCACGCCGUGUGGAUUGGCACGGCGAGGGACGCCGUGGGAAGCCUUCUCUUGGACUUGGCGGAGUUUCACCCACAAUGCCAGUCCAUGACGACGUGGGACGAGCGGCUGAAGCUCUUGCAUGCUGAGAUUUUGACCUUUUGUUGCGAGAAUGGCAUCCGCCAGUCGACAAUAGAGGAGAUCAGUGCCUCGCUUGCACUUCGCAUUGCUUUUUACCGGUUUUCUGUAUGCAUUUGUGUGAAUCGUGAGCCUUGCUAUCUCAUGAGAGUCCAGCUAGACCCCAAGACCGAAUUUCAAGCAGGCCUGACCAAACUUUCCGUGGAGCACGUCACUCUGGACUACCCACAAGGUUUUUCCAAGGGGUAUGCGAACCGUGUGCUGAACCUAGGCCCAACUUUGGAAGCGUGCUUCGUGUGGGUGUUUUCGCAAAGCCUAAAUCCUGAAUCCUUUCCUAAACCCUAG